ACGGAGGGGAGUCGUUGCAGAGUGCAUUCAGGAAGUAGAGUUGAGGUGGAAUUGAAUUGCAGAUCUAUACGUUCUACACCUGCCUUGUGCUUCAACUCUGUGGCAGGACGUCGCGUUGCCGCGAGACGGUUGAGUAUCAACAACAUGCUCCAAGGGAAAAAGUGUUGGAGCAGCUGUUGUGGAAAAUCCCGAGAGAAUCCAGGCCUGAGUGGCCACGUGAGUGUGUUUGUGAGGCGAAUCCUGCCCCACACGCGUCCCCAAUGAGAUUGGCGAAAGGGUAGCACCGAGUAGAAUCUUCCUACCUCAAUUCACCCCCGCGUACCGCGCGCAGAAACUGUGUCAAACUUGUGAUAAUAAAUCGAUAUCGCGGGAGGAUUGAUUGCCCACCAUGGAGAGUGUCUACUCCUCCAGCAGUUCCAAAUUCUCCACGUCGGCAGUGCACGGACGAAAGCUGGGCGGCAGGCAGGCCACCAUGGUGUCUUCGGGAGCGAGUGAGGUGCGCCAGAGAAUCCUCUCGGCUCGCAUGUUGCGCCUGAAGCACCUCCAGAAUCAGUUGACAGUGGCUCAGCAGCAAGUCUUUGAACUCAGCCAGGAGAAUCGUAGUCUCAAGACCAUGAUCAGGCGUCAGGAGAGCGCUCUCCUGAAGUACGACGGAGCCAAUGCGGAGCUGCCACAGCUUCUCAACUCGCAUGCUGAGGAGAUUCGCACGUGGCACGCGAAAUAUCGCGAACUGCAGAAGCAGAACAAGGACCUGCACAGCAAACUGAAGCAGAAAGAGCAGGUCAUUCUCAGCAUCUCGGAUGAGAACAAGCACUUCCAGCAGCUGAACCGAGACAGGCAUUUGGAUGAGCGCGAGAAGCUGGCGAAUCGCGUGCGAGAGUUGGAGGCGCGCCUCGUGGAGAAGGAUAACGACACGAAGUUGCUGGCGCGGAAGUUGCAGCUGGAGGCGAAGAGCUUCCGCAACCAGAUGCACCAAGAGAGUGUCAAAUAUCGCGAGGUGUGCCAGAAGUUGGACAAGGCCACCAGCGAAGUCACGCGCCUCAGCACGAGGCUGGACGUGGGCGAGAGGCGGAUGAAUGGAGGCGCUUUCCUCGUGCGUGGUUUUCACCAGAAGAACUUCCUCCUCAGAGAGUCACACUCGGCGCACUUUAGCUCCUCCCUGGCGCCCAUCAAUCACUUCCGAGCGAGUGGAUCCUCAUCGGCAUGUUCAAAAUCGCCUGAAGAAACCACGCCUCAUCGACUGGAAAAACUCCCCGCGACAGAACCAGAGGAUGAAACUCAGAAAAGGAAGGAAGCCACCAAGAGAGACAUCAAGAAAGUUCGGGAGAUCAUGAAAAACGCAGAAAGCAGUGAAAGGAGCACCACAAAGAGCAUUUCCAGCGAAGAGUGCGCUGGUAAUCUCAACGGCGAGGAACUCGAGGAUGAAAGUGAACAGGCUCAGCAAACUCACAGAGAAGUCGAUGCAGAUUUGUCGAGGAAGUUUGAGAGAUUAUCUUCCAAAGAGGAUAUCAAGAUUAACGAGGCGAUUCUCGAUGAGAUUUGCGAGAAUGUUAUCAAGAAUGGAUUCCCAGAAGCACCGCCACAAGCGGUUACUUUUCAAAAACCCAAGAUUCAACCGACGAAGCGGCAGCCAAUUGAUCAGAAGAAGAAAACCAAGCUUUUGGCCGCUCUCAAGGCAAUCGACUCAAACGAGAGCUUCGAGAGCUAGGUGAUGAUUUGCCAGAGUGUAAUAUUCCUAUAUUUUUGCGUGUUAAAUUGUGCAUUGAAUAAAAUU